AUGUCGAACUCCGAAAUUGACCUUGAUCUCACCGAGACCCAUUUUGACUUCUUCUGCAAGGUCGGGGGAACGCCUCAAAUGUUGCACGCAUUAAUUGCUGCCCAGGAGGAUGAUGUCAGGCGCUGGUCUUCUUGUCCUUCUUUUGGACCCUUCAUCCACAAGCUCUUCAUUCAGCCUCACGAUAUCUCUCGUCUUGGGCUCAUUCAUCCGAUUGGUUGUAUAAGUAUCGAAAAGUGCGGGCGCUCCAGCUGCCUCGGAGCUGUCGAAGUUCCCAUCGACGGCGCAGCCUCCAUCACCCUCCAUCGCCCAUCAGAUGGCGAGCCAUUUCCCUUCCCCAUCAGAUAUAUCUUGGCCAAAUUCUAUGAAUACGGGCAGUAUGAACUCCACAAGGUUCGAAUGGCAAUCCGCUUCGACAACAAAACAAUCAAGUAUGUGGAUGUACAGGCAUUUCCAUCUGAGAAUUUCCCCGAGGCCCGCAACAAGAACCAGCUCCAAAAGUUCAACGCUGCUGAUGGCUUGAAGUAUUCGUACCUUGAAUUGUUGAACGGUCGUGGUUCUGUGGAGUUCAACACUGAAACUGCCUUUCAGGAGCAUCUUGAAGUUAUUGGGAACCGAAUGAGGGACAAUGGCUACAACAUCAAAAUCCAUGUCCCAGAUGAGGUCAUUGCGAGCGAGGUUGAAAAAUUGGAGAGAUUUGCCAGCAAUUUUGACUACGGUUCUUUCAACUUGGGUGCAUAUAUGGACAUGUACUACUUUAUGCCCUUGAUCAGCGGUGCGGUUUUUGGCGCAAUCAAGAAUGGAGAGUUUGCCAUAUUUGAACUCGACGGUACAGGGGAUGUUCGGUUGCGUAGAAAUCACCAAAAAGCCGUUGGCGCUCCUCCCGGAGCCGGAGACUAA